GCGCGGUGACGCGAUCCAACAUCCCUAAGGUUCCGAUCUUCCACUUCAAAGGAGAUAAGGUGUCAGACUGGCUUGAGUUGCUCUAGCAAAUUACUGACGAGAUGACGGAAGAAGAAAAAUUUCGUCAAAUCUCUAAUAAGUACGUCUGGUGGGAGAUGCGGCCAGAAGUUAUGCGGGUAGCCACUGAGGCUUUAGGAAAUUGGGGAAACUUUAAGGGUGAGAUGCAAACACGGUACCAGUUGGGAGAUGGCCUCCUUACGACGGAGGACUUGGAAAGGUUAGAGAGGUCUGAUUUCACGACGGUGGGUGCCUUCGCGACGACGUUCGAGAAGAUGGCGAGGAAGGUUCCAGGGUUGGCCGAGGAGUCCCAAUGUGCCAUCUUCCUAAGCAACUUCACAAAAUGCGAGAGUGUUUCCCUGACCAGAAGAGGGGGCAUAGGGAGGAAGUUGACUUGGGAGACAGUGAAGCAAAGCUUGGCCGAUGGGGAGCUGGACCAGGUAUACCAAUUUCAGAUGAAACAACAACGGCAGAAGCGAAAGGCUCUAGUUGUCACUGAAGGAGCAGGUAUCAACCUUCAACAGCGUAUUGCGGAUGGAAUAGCCAAGUAUCAAGCCGACCAACAGAAAGCGGUUGGGAAUCGGGUUUUGACAGUGACUCAGCCUCAGGCAAAAGCUGCGAAGAAGGUGGUUGAGCAGGUGGAAGACGAUGAUGACGAUGAAGAGGAAGAACCAGUAAAGCUGACGAAAAGUCAGAGGAAGGCGCGGAACCAGGCCGCAGGUGGCCAAGGUUCCGGAAAGAAUGCAGGAGUACAGGCCGCUGCGCCGGCCGAAGUAAACGCAAAUCAGGCGAGUACAAGUGGGGCACCACCACAAGGACCAGCGCAGCUUGGACCCAGACCAGAGACCAUUCCUCCUGUUUGGUCGGGGUAUAGUCCAUAUGGCCCAUGGCCUUUUUACAACCAAGUCAGGCCACCUCCGGGAGGACUGACUGCGAAUGCGGCAGGAGGGUAUCCCAGUGUGCCAACUCAAGGAGUGAACUGGCAAGAGGGGGGGCAACAGCAACAGCCGACACCUCCGCCACAAGUCAACCAACCCAGUCAAGCAGCGGGUCAAGGACAAGGUCAGAACCAGGGAGGUAACGGGCAGAGCAGUAAGGGCCGAGGCAAUGGAGGUCGCGGACGGGGUAACGGUAAUGGUGGACAAGGCGGUCAAGGGGGCGGACGUGGAGUCAAUUGGAAUGGGCAAGGCGGGAAUGAUAGGCCAAGGUUCGAUUGGAGAAAUGCCAUUUGCCAUCAUUGCGCACUAAAAGGGCAUACCUUCAGGUUUUGCCAAAUUCGGAAGGUAGAUGAGGGAAAUAGCCUUAUCUCGACGAACAUGAACGGAGAUGUCUAUAAUGGUGUUUUCGUUAAAAGUGAAAUUGUUUUCAUGUUCACUUUUUAUUUUAAUUGUAAAAUGACACAAAGAACUGAGGGAAAAAUAAGCAAACAACGAGAAAACAAUGAUUAUACAUGAAAGCUGUUGAAGGAAAUUAAAUACAAAUUUUCACCUCGAAUGUUCACACGUACACAAGCCGCAAGCAUGUCACUCAAGGAUUGGCAAUCCACUCUGUAAACAUGUCACUCAGUAAAACACGCCAACCUCA